GAAAAAUAUUAUCUGAAACAUUUAAUAGUUAGAUAUAUAAAGUGUUUAAAUAUUCUACUUAUUAGAGACAUUAAGCAAUUAUAAUUUACCAGAACACUUAUUUAAAUUACUCGUUUUAUAAAAACAUUUUAACAUUAUGAUAUUAAAUUUAACAUUAAUAAUUUUAUUUCUGUUUAACUUCAGAGAAUCGAAAGGACUUACUGAAGAUGAAGAGGAUCAAGAUGUAGCAAAUAAAUACAUUAGUAAAGUUCUAGACAAGACAGCGAACUUUAUUAACGAACCUUUUUAUUUAAAUAAUUACAACUUAACGGCAACAUUCAAUUUAUUACCCGUCAAGAUACGUUCAGUUUGUUUAUUUAAAGAUGGAGUUGCAACUGGAAUAAAACAUAUUGAAAGAUUCGGGAAUGUAAAAAUUAUAUAUAACAAGUAUGACAUGCUAAUUAAAUCAGUAGUCGCGAUGAAUGAAUUAACUAUCAAUUAUAAUGUAACUUGUUCUGUUUUAAAUUCUAAGAUUAAUAUGACAUUUAGAUUAUUAAGUGAUUCUAUAAAAUCAAAUAUGACACUAAAACUAGUGCGAAACAGUAAUGUGGUAUCUCUAGAAGAUUUUUCUCUAUAUUACUUUGCAAAUUUAAGAAUUUUUAUAAGACAUCCAGAAAAUAACCUAGAGCUUACAAAACCUAUACGAAGAGAAUACAUGAAUCAUCCAUUUUCUUUUGAAGAAAUAGAAAUAUAUAUUAAAAGAUUACUUUCUGAGAAUGUUGCAAUGACUUUAUAUCCAAAAGUAUGGAUUUAUUAAAACUUGUUAAAUACUUUAUUUACUAAAUGUGUUAUCUAAUAUAAAAAUGAUGUUUAAAUAUUUUUUC